CUCGCUCGUUUUCUUUCCCAAUGUCCUCAACAGACAGACAGCAGUGGGCAGAAGACGCCUGUGGAGGUGUCACUUCACACCUCCUGCUGUAUAAAAUCCUCCUCCGAAUCCGACUCUUCAGCCUACACUCAUCCCUCUGAAAGCAAGUAGGAUGGAUCUUUCUCCUUCUUUCCUCAGCUACAGCUCUUUUAGCUCAGAUUCGGACAUCUACAACAUCUCAUCUCCUGAAGGAAGGCCAAAGCCGAGAAGGAUGCGUUCCAAGAACCCGAGCAGGCAGAGACGGAAUGCCAGCGAGAAAGAGAAGCUGCGGAUGAGAGAUCUGACCAAAUCGCUCCACUAUCUCAGGACGUUCCUUCCACCGUUCGUUGCUCCGACUGGACAGACGCUCACCAAGAUCGAGACGCUGAGACUUGCCAUACGCUACAUCUCCUACCUGUCCUCUCAGCUCCACCUCCAAAUAUCCUCCUGCCAGAAUGAUGGCCUGAGAUGUCCUCACCUUGGCUCUGACUCAGAUUCCUGUGAAGAAGGAAACCUCAGAAAAGAAAUGAAAGCCUUUUGCCUCCAGAGGAAUAAAAAUCCUCAUGACGAUUUUUACGGAUCCUGGACUGCAGGAAAUGAACAAACGGAAAAACCCCAAGAAGAACAAGAACACAGAGCUUAUUCUUACAGUGACAUUUUGCGUGAUCAGGAACUCUACCAAGCACGUCACGUGACAAUCCAGACAGAACGUGAAUUCCUCCAAGCGGAAUCAGAUCAAAGAGACGGAAUGAAAAUGGAAACUCAAGACUCUGAUGGAAUCUUCAGCUUUGGCUUCGAGUCGCUCGUGGAGCCGCAAACUUCCCUGUCGCCUCAGGACUACAGUAAAGCCGUGCUGUGUGAGAGUACAGAACUCAACUUCUGGAUCUGAAUCUCAUCAUCAUCAUUUGUACUGUAAAUUAAUUUGCUGCCAUUUAUUAUGUAUAAUAAUUAAUUUCUUGUAAAUAUUUAUCACUUUUUGUCCUAUUGUCAUAUUUGCAUUUUUGUAAUAAUCUUUUUUGUACCAAAAUAAUAUAAUAUUAAUAUUUAUUUAAAUGUUUUUAAAUGAGGUCAUGUUCUGAUUGUUGUUUAAGUCAAAUAUAAAUAUAAAUGUAUAUUAUCUGUUUCAUCUGUUUGCUUUGUUUGGUUUGAUCAAUAUUAAUAUAUAUCUGGAUUUUAGUUUAAUCAUAGUUUAUUAGUUUAUUUUAAUUAUAAUUUAUGUUUAUUGAACACAUUAAUGCAAAUUCAUCAACGGCACUAAUGUUAUUAAUGUGCGAAUGAUGCAAUUCAAUUUAUUACAAAUAUAAAUAAAUAAAUAAAUAAAUAAAUAAAUAAAUAAUAAAGAGGCGAAAUUAAAACCUGCAACGCAACACACAUUUAUUCACAAAGUCCUAAACUGAUGUGUCUCAAAUCAGCACCAAGAUCCGCCCUCUAAACCCUCUGGGUGAGUUUUGUAGAAUUUUUUCUCGUAACACAAAAACCAACGUAAAUUUCUCUGGUUUUUUUAUUGUACAAUGUCUACUUUUAU